GCGAUUCUGAAUCUGGCUCCACCACAGAGACCAAUGAGUUUAAUAGGAAUUGGUACAAGAGGUGUUCAUCGCCAGUUUUUGGCAAUCCGCCUAACAGAAAUGUCUAAAAGUUUGUACGGAACUAAAUCACACACUUCGUUCCUCGCUUUUCCAGUUCGGUAUAACUCUGAUGUACCAUCUAAGAAACAGGAAGCCCCAAUCCAACAGAGCGAUUGGAAGCAAAUCAACCAGUUUAUUCCCGGAGAAAAGACCCAGACCGACUCGCUCAGUGACAGAAUGCCCAAGUUCCCGCUCGGCAAGGAAAACGUGCCGACGUUGCUCCCUCGUCCAGGAAUACCUAAAGUGGGCAAGAAUGUCACCUUCAGACAAGUGAUAAAUAUCCUUAAGAACAAGACGGAGCCCGAGCUCAUCUACGAAAAUGAACCACAUAGACUAUACUUUUUGAUCUGCGUUUGCUUUGGAGCCACUCUCUUGAUAUACUCGAUAGUGUUGGGAGAAUGGGCUAUUUUCCAGGCCACCAAGGACUUCAAUGAGAACACAGAAGAAAAGAACGAUGUGAUACGCAAACGGGAAUGGGUGCUUUCGUUGUUGAAGAACCUGGUGUACAGUGUGAUCACCUUGGCCGCUGCGUACUAUAUCUUUACGUUCCCAUCUCGGUUGGUCAGAAGAAUGUGGUACUUACCAGGACCAGUUGAGCAUGUCAAGUUCACCACCUAUCCCCUUGUUCCCGGUAGAUCCACCCCCGUGGUAACCUUGCCAUUAGAAGCAUUAGAGAGAAAACAUAAAGCCCGGGUUUGGACUGGAAGAGGAUUCUACGGUACAAGUGAUGCUUCGUUCUUCUUUUUUGUGUUGCAGGAAGUGAAAAAUGGAAAAACUGUCAAGAACUGGGUGGUUGACAGAAAGGGAUUCUUUUGGAGUGAUGGGAGAGUUUUUGACUACAUUUUUGGGAAAGAAACAAUUGCUGAAGCUGAAGCAGGGGUUCCAUAUGAUGAGCAGGUGGGUAUUAUCAAUAGAGAAUUGAAGAAGAAAAAGCAGAAGUUAAGAAAGGAACAAGGGAUCUUUUAUGGCUUGAAAUUUCAAGGAGAGGAGAUGAAGAAAGAUGCUCGUAGGCUUAUGGGGAAAGAUGAUUUGAAAAAAUUAAAGUAAGAUUAGAAUCAAUACUUGUACAUAGUUUAACAUCAGUGAAGUAUUCUGCA